GCCGACCAGUUGCUGGUGAAGAAGCAGAGCAGUGAGACGCGUAGCUCUUCGUGUCAUGCAGUUGUACUAAUUAAAAACUGAAGAAGUGACAGAACCAUUGUGCCUCCUGGAAACUGUUGUGUUGGUUAGUGUGAAGUCGAGUGUGAGUGAACGUUAGUGUUGUGUUGGUAGCGAGGCUCUCACAGUAUCAUGGAGGAAGGAUCCAACAAUAAGAAUCAGCUGGAACGUUACUCAAGCAGCUCGUCGUACAGCAGUCGCCACAAGACGGACCGACCGCCGCAGUAUGAGAAGAUCCAGUAUGAUCAGGUGAGCCAGGCCAGUGGCUCUCGCUCCGACAAGAAACAACUGGUCAACGAAACGGUCGACAAGAUCUACGACCGCGCACAGUUUGAAGUCGACCAUUUAAACGCCAACAAUAAGUCAGAUAAGUUACUGACGGACAGGUUCUCCUCGGAGAGAAUGAGCCGCUAUGACAAAAUACCUCGUGGCUCCAUCGCCAAGAGCCUCCCCGACUCCCCGUACAGUGACCACCUGAAGGACAAGUACGACAAACUGGAAAAGAACCAAGCGACGAAGAAGGGCGGCCAUGAUGGUGGUCGCCGGGAGAGUGGCAAGUUGCCCAAGAAGGAUUCAGGGAAAGUCAAACUCUCAAUCGGGGAACUGGCGUACCAGCAUGGCGUGUGCCGUUGUGCCGCCAUGGGAGGCCGCCCGCACGUCCACAGGAGCAUCGACGACAAGAAGACGGUGGGCGUGGGUGUGCCAUGCGUGAGGUCAGGCAGCAUGACCGACUCUGACCUGUUCAGCCGGGGUCGUGGUUGUUCCCGCCGCUGGUGUGUGUGUCUCAUCCUGGCCGUCCUCUUCGUCUCCCUCGGUGCAGCUGCCGGCAUCUACUUCGCCUAUCAGUUCCUGGGUCUAGAGCUGCCCCACGAGCGAGUGUUCCGGGGGAUGUUCCAGGUACGCAGCGGGGAUAGGUGGACCUCGCAGCUGGCUGACCACACCAACCCGUCCUACAUCACCACGGCCCAGCAGUACGCCGCGCGCCUCGACAGUGUGUAUGGCAACUCCGUCUUCAAGAAUGUCUUUAUUCGCUCCGAAGUUCUGCAGCUUGACCGAGGCCCCAACGACACCCUGGUGGUGCACUUCAACCUACACAUCAACUACCGCCGCCUCCACCUGGACGCCGCCGACCUCUACCUGGUGUUGGUAACGGAGAUCCGAAGGGCGAACUCCGCUGCCCUCACUGGCAUCUCCAUAGACGAGGACACGGUUGAGAUACAGGAACGCAGACCCGCCUUGGACGUCAUGCCGCCUCACCUCGACGAAGACUUCCCAAACCUCGGGGCCCAGCGCGUCGCCAACCCUGACGUAACGCCCUCCAGGAACCACCUGACAACCUCCACACCUCCGCCCACCACCACCCUUCCACCUAGAAGAUGUCAGGCGCUAGAUGUGAACCUGUGUGCCAACCUCCACCACAAUGUCACUACGUACCCUAACCUACUGGGUCACUCCGACUCUCACACCGUCGAGAGGGAUAUUAUUUCCGUCAGGGAAGUUAUCGACUCUGAGUGCCACGCGCUGGCCCAGGAGUUCCUGUGUGAGCUGCUGCAGCCGGACUGCCGCCGCGCCCAGACCAUGAACCCCAGCGGCGUGUUCGAGGACCAUCUCAUUAGCCCCUGCAGGGACUUCUGCGAAGAGGUAAUGAGCACGUGUGGUCGCCGCCUCCCCCCACACCUGCGGCUCGCCAUUGACUGCAGCAACUUCCCCGUUCUGGACGGUGGCCACGAGUGUACAGCCAAGCCAGGGUGUGCGCGGGAGCUGAGGGUGAAGGGGUGGCCAGAGCGGGUAUGUGACGGUGUGGUGGACUGUGCUGACAUGUCGGACGAGGAUCAGUGCUCCAACUGUGGCUCCGGAGCCUUCAGGUGUGGGUCUGGUUCAGCCUGUGUCUCCCAGGAGCGACGUUGUGACGGCAUCGAAGACUGCCCCAAUGGUUCCGACGAGCGUGGCUGUUGUAAGUCUCCUCACCCUCCGGGAGUCACCUGUGAUCUCCUCUCCUACAGGGGCGUGGAGCUGGUGGAGGUGGUGACUGAAGACGUGUUCGACCAUGUGCCUGGCCUGGGCUACGUGCAGAUCACCGACGUGUACUCCACGAACAUCACCUUUGAGAGUGUCAACUGCAGCAGACGUACUGUUGUCUACAUGGUGUGUUCCGAACUAGCGUGUGGGGUACGGCCGCUGUAUUUGGCGCCGCGGAACCCUGCGGUGGAAGGCGGCGUGGUGCGGACGGCUGGGAGUGGUGACUGGCCAUGGGCGGCGGCGUUACUAAAGGACGGUGCCCACGCCUGCGACGCCACCCUCAUCCACCCCUCUUGGCUCCUCACCACCUCACUCUGCUUCCAGGGUCAGGGGCGGGCGCUGUGGGUGGCGCGGCUGGGUGGUAUCCGCAUUUCGUCGCAGGCGCCUUGGGUGCAGGAGCGACUUAUCGUUGGUAUGGUCAAGUCCCCAGUAGAAGGAAGUCAAAUCGUCCUCAUUAAGCUAGCUGAAUCGGAGGUAGAGUUGAGUGACUACGUGCGUCCUGCGUGCUUGGGAUCUCAUUCAGCUGUUUCUCAACUCAACAAACGUCGCUGUCGCAGUUUAGGCUGGGGUGCCAGGCGUGACCCACUUGUAGAACUGUCAGUGAGUGUGACUGGUGGGGAAGUGUGCCACCGACUGGACGGCUCCAGAGAAAAUACCAUCUGCGCCCAACAAACAGCACCUACAGACAGAUGCCUCGUGAGUUUAAGCCAUUUGCAUUGUUAUAAUGUCGCGAGUUUCAUGGAAGCCAAUUAGUACAAAAUAAAAAUUAAAACCUUUCCCUUUAACUGCUUUAUGAAUUGUAAGUGUCUG